AAUUCGUUUUUCAUUUAUCAUCUUUUUAAUAUUUCUGUUGUAGUUAAAAUUAUUUUAUAACGUAAUCAAGUUUGAUUUCAUUAAAAUUAAUUAACUAAUCAUUUAUAGUAAUUCCUUGAAUUAUUUCUAAUUUAUAUUCUUUGUAAUUUCAUUCUUUUAACCACAACUAAUUUUUUUAAUUCGGUUUAAUAUAACAAUGGACAAUUCGAAUGGAGAGUAUAGUCUUACAUGGAAGAAUCACAAUGAAAAUUUGACCAAAGUAUUUUAUUCAUUUUUAAAAAAUGAAAAUUUGGUUGAUGUUACUAUCGCUUGUCAUAGUGAAUUUGAAAAGUUACAUUUGGUUAAAGCUCACCAAAUGGUGUUAUCAGCUUGUAGUUCUUAUUUUGAACAAUUAUUUUUACAAAACUCACAUCCUCAUCCAAUAAUUUAUCUUAAUGGUAUAAGUUAUGAACAAAUAGAAAUUAUAUUAGACUUUAUGUAUAAAGGGGAAGUUACUGUUAAACAUGAAAUUAUCAAUGAAGUUCUGUGUACUGCGAGAUCAUUAAUGGUGCGAGGUUUAGGUGAAGAUAAUUUAUCAUUUAAAGAAAAAAGACCAUUACCCCUACUAGAAGAAAAUAAUAUCAAAAAAUAUAAAUUCUGGAGUGAUAAAACCAUAACAGAGUGUAAUACUGUCGAUAAUCUUAAAAAUGAAAUUCAAGUGGAUUUGACUUUGAUGAGCCAAGACAUUCAUGAUAGUCAUAUAAGUAAUGAUUCUAUUAAAAAAGAAUUAUCAAGUCUAAUUAGUACAGAGGAAUGUUAUGAAUCAAAAGAAAAUACUUAUUUUGUUGAUAAUUUAUCUAUAGAACAUAAUAUUCCAUCAACACCCAAUCAAAUAGCAUUGAAUGAUUGCUUAAAUACUGUUCAUAACACUAUGUUUGAUGAUACAAUGCCUGAAGAUUUAUCAUGCUCAAAAAAAACAAAUCAGCAUGUUACGGAAGUAACACAUCAACAGGUGCGACAUCGAUUUAGAACUGAUUGGUUAAAAUCAUACAAUUGGUUAGCAUAUGACUGCAAUGAAAAUAUUAUGUUUUGCAAAAGUUGUCGACGGUGGAGUGAGGUUUUAAAUGAUGUUAAAACAUCAUUUGCAAAAGGCAGUUGUAAUUUUAGAAGAGAAAUAUUAAAUCAUCAUGCUCGUUCCAAAGCUCAUAAAAAUUGUAUGGCUAGAGAAAUCGAUGAACUAAAUAACAAGAGUAAUGCACAUUUCCGUCCAUCAAAAUAAAUAUAAUUUAUUUAGAAUAGUUAAUUUCUCAGUCAUCUGAUUUAAAGUUUGUUACCAUUAUAAGCAUAACAUCUUUAAGUUAUUAAUAUUUUAAUUUAUUAAUUUUGUUAUGUUUUACGUUAAAUUUUAUUAUAUUUUAUGUAGGAAAUUAAUUGUUUAUUUUAAUUUUAAUGUUACAUUUUUUAUUGGGAGGCAUUUGUUGGUAGUUAAUAAGAAACUAUUAUUGUUGCUUAAGAUUAAAUAUGACAAAACUUUUUUAAUUUUAUGUUUUUUAAUCAAUUGAGUUCUUCUAUAAUUUAGUUAUUAUUAGUGAGGUGGAUAUAAUGCCCAUACACUGAGACCUGUAGGUCCAUUAUGCACGUUCCUCUAUAGUUACUGGCAUAAAAUAAUUAUACUUGUAAUUGACUAAAUUUAAGUAAUACAAUCCAAGUUUUUUAUUUUUAUCUUAUUAUAAUAAGGAUAUUUAUAUCUUAUAUACUUAUACAGUGUUUAACUAAAGGUAAGAUGCUUAUAUAAUGAUAA